UUCAUGACACCAGUAUUGAGUCUGCUCACUCAAGGUCGCGAAGCGUUUAUUUACAAGUGUGGUUCGAAGAACGAAGUGAUCUCAGCAUCUUCAAAGAAUCGUGUUAAAUUUCUCUGGAUAUUUCUCACACUUUAGAGAAUUAUAGUUAAAAUUUAAGAUUUGAAAUGGAUUCCUGUAGACGAGAGGUUGCUCGUUUGAAGGAGCGUUAUCGUGUCCUACAGCAGCAGCAGUUCACGUUUGUCAGCGCUAUGGAUAAUACUCGACCAGAUGCGUUUCAGCGUGCAAAGCCAGUACGAACUAUCAAUGAGGUGAGUGUCCUACAUGAACGCAGCAAAAAUGCGACUGAUCGCCGAGCCAUGAAGCAGUGGCUGGACUUAGUAACGGCUCUUACCAAUUUGUGCAGGCAGGUGGAGUUGCAGGGUCAAGUAGCAGUGCCAGCUGAGAGGGCGCUAGAACGAUGGAGUAUGCUGAUGGAUAAGCACAACGAUCUGUCAAACUUGCGUGCUAAAUAUCCUCAUCAAGAGAUGAACCACCUUAGCUGUGCCGAAGCUCGUAUCCAAUAUGGUGGCGUGGUCAGCCUUCUACCUAUAGCAUUUGAGCAGGUGGACCGAACUGUUGCGGCAUUAGCAGCUGCUAGGCCUAGCGUAAGUCAAAGCAGCCAUCGAGACAGGCUAGUUAAAAGUGCGUCCAUCCCAAAAUCCAAUACAGUAGAAUUUGCAAGAGACCGAAAGCGACCAAGCACUGCCAGUAGGAAUGGCCUAAGAUCUAAAUCAUGUGACAAAAUGGUUGACACCCAUGAUCUACAAUGUCACACAAUGAAACUAUCGUUAAGUCGUCUGCCAAAAGGUGUUGACCCCACAAUGCUGUUCUACCGGCGAACACUCAAUGGGCGUGCCGACAAGUAUUAUCCAACUGGUGAAAUCACUUUAGACAAGGCCCCAUGGAGGGGAGCGUCUUACAAUAAUGUAAAUCAUAUAGACCAUAGGCAUUUCAAAAACUUGGAGGAAAAGUACUAUUAGAUAACGUAAAGAAAGUGAUCACUUACCCCUCAAUAAUACAAUACAUUAUGUUUCACCCUCAAUACAUGCAUCAACAUUAACAUCAUACAUAGAGAUUCAAAUAAUUAAUUUAUUAACAAAGGACAUUAUCAAACAUGCAACAAUUCUUGACACUUAUCUUAUGGUGAUACAAUGCCACCAUAAUUAUUAACACCUGACUGCAGUGGCGUAUCUAGGAGUAUUGAAAUGGUGGGGGGAGGGGGUGCGAAGAUAAAGUGGGGAUUCAAUUAUUAGGUAGGUUGGCUCACAAAAUAAGGUGAUUUGAAGUGAUUUUUAACUAUUUAAGUGUGGUUUUUUUGCUUCAAACAUUUUCAUUGGGGAAAACUGGGGAGAUGCAAGUAUUGGGUGGUUGUGCCCCUACCCACCCCCUAGGUAGCCCACUGCCCGACUGUACAUCUAAAUUUACAUUUUAAACAAAACACCAGCCUUUCUCACUAUACUAUACACUGAUAGUUACACCAGUAAUAUUUUAUUAGAUUUAACACAUUUUCUUUGUAUGUUGUACAGCUAAAAUAUUGUCAAUUUGCUAGUAAAGUGGUUUGUUGAUCAUGAGUAGGCCUUUUCCCCUUGAACCAGUGGUUGAAGCUUUGCAGCCUCUUUUCCCACCAGAAAUUGUAAGACCCCAACAGGUCCUACAAUAUAUGCUUUGAUUAGAACCACCACUGAAUUCAAGUUGUCCAAUGGGCACAAGGCAAUCACAUAAACAGACGAUAGUACAGUAAAACAAAUGUUUGAUAGUAAAAAAUAUUUAGAUAUUCUUAUUCGAGACCACUUUUGGGCAGGCCUUUGCUUUCAGACUUUAAUGGUAUACAGUACCUUUGCACUACAAGAUUGAAAAUUAGUUCGAAUUUGAGGGAUCCCUGAUUUAGAAGGGUUUUAAAUUGUAAGGUGUAUUCCUUAAUUUUUACUUUAUAUGGAACUUAUAGAAAAAUAUUUUAAUAUUUGUAAAAAAAAAAACUGAAUCCCUUACCUUCUAAUUUCAUGUACUAUUAAUAUUUGCCAAUGUAUGUCUGUAGCUAUUUGUUAAUAUGAUAUUAGAUAAAUUUUGCUUCAUAUAACACCAUCUGUUGGUGAUGAGCUAGUACUGUGUAAAUGUUUAUACAAUAUGUAUAGCUAUACCAAAGGACCAUACAAAUAGUAACUAAAUGCUUCUCAAAUAUGCAUGGCCGUAUUCAAAACAUUCCCCCUCCAUGACCAUUUAACCAAAUAUUAAUACCAUUUCAGUUCAAGUAUAUAUAAUUAUAUUUUCUAGCAUGUCCCCUGUACCUAAAGUGUGUGACUUAGAUUAAGGUUGUAGAACUAAACUUUUACCAUAGAAAGUUAUGAAUAUAUAUAUUUUUUUAGUUGUAAAGAUCAUUAUAUAUGCGAGUACACAUUCCGUAUAUGAUUUUUCUUACUGUUUUUCUCAUGUUUACUUAACAGUAUAAUGUUUUAACUUUAGUAUUUUUUUUUUCAAUUGUGUGUGUCUGUAUCUAAUUUAUUAGUUUGAUAUAUUUUAUGCGUACAGAAAUAUUAAUCAGUGGUGGAUUCAAUGGGAGGGUGAUAGCUGGCCAAGGAAUCCCCUAUUUUUUUUUUAAAUUAAAAAACAAAAUGGAGAAAAAUUAUUUUCAAAUAAGUCUAAGAAUGCAAUUUCCAGCCAUCUAUACAUUGCAUAAUCAUACAUCUUCUUACCUCAGUCCCAUGGCCGGGCUGAGGUGGUCUAAACCGUCCAUUUCUAAAAGUGCCCCCCUUAAAGCUCCCUCUAUUUUGAAUUCCUGGAUCCACCACUGUAAAUACAUGAGUCGCAUAGGGAAGUUGGUCAAGAUAGUCUGUACCCCUGAACCAUGGAGAUCUUUUUGCCCCGCGUUCUAUUCCAUGACACACAUCCCUCUGAAGUACAGGUUAGCCAUAUAGUGCACAGAUUUUGUGGCUACAAUUUCCUAUAGUUUUUUACUAAUUGACAUUUUUCUGCCCACUUCCAUAGCUAUACCAAAAAGGAUGUAUGGAAAGAAUGUAAAAAUUAACAUAUGUUAAUAUGUUGUCGCCUUCUGAUAGUUUCUGUUUCUUUUAGCUCCCUUGUCCAAGCUGCUGUUUCUAUGUAGGACUAUGCUAUGAUGUCAUCACAUCUUUUCUUUUUACCUCUUUUUCCCUGUCCUCAUUAUGUUAUUACAGUAGAUUACUUUUAUUUUAUUUAAUUUUAGUUAACUUACAAAGUUAUCAAUAUUUAUUUGUUCAGAUGUAUUGAUGUCAAAACAUCACUAAAAGAUAUACCGUCUGUCAUAAACUACAGUAGAAAACCCUUCCAAAUUUCAAUAGCUCAAAUAAAAAGAAGGGACUUGAUCGUCAAAUAAGAUGUUAGAAAAAAAACCAUAUCAAACCAAAUAUAGUUAUACAGUUUUACUGAUUUACAGACCUAUUAAAAAAAUAAAUAAAUUGACCACCAGCCAAUUUAAAGGCCUAUGCAAAAGAAUAAGAAAUAUAUUUUAUAAAAAUGUUUUAUCAUUCCUAAUUAAAUGCUAAUUAUUUGGCCUACUUUAAAAAAAAAAUAGACAGUAUAUCUUUAAUAUGUUAUAUAGUAAUUGUGUUUAUCGUGUUCAUUAAUAGUCAGAGAAUUGCAGGUGAUAAAUUUAUAGUUGUACCAGAAAUAGAGGUGUCUGUAAAAUUUAAUGUGUUUGCCACAAUGCAGUGGCAUUAACAUGCAAGGUCUAUAAAUUAUUUGGCUUGUAAUUACAGAAUUGUAUAUUACAUAAAGAACAGAGCACUUUUCUUUAGCACAACAAAUUGCUAUGCUUAAAUGGGCAGCAAUUUCCUUCAGUAAACCAAAUACUCUUACACAGCUGCCAGAUUUUAUAAAGUGAAUCAUGCCAAUGAGGUCUCUAUGUAAUUCAUGUUAUUACCCCAGUCAUUGAAUAAAAAAACCCUGCGGCGGGGUACUGCCAAUGGGAGGCUGGGGCCCUGUCGGUGAGAAAAACCCAAAAUCGUCGGGGAGAAAAAAUAUUUAGUGUAUGUAUUCUACUAAAUUGAUUAUUAUAAUCCUUUGAAACCCCAAAUUGUCAGAUUUUAAGCAACACUUGACCAUGCCCACUUUUCUCUCAUCAGGGACCUUGGACACCCAUUGGGCAAAUCCUUGCGCCACCCCAGACCUGUGGAAGGGUUUGGCAUAGCAGUUGAGACUCACAAUCUCAACCCCAUGUUUGGGGGUUUGAAACUCGCACUGUGUGAGCUGCUUGUGUCAUUGGGCAUUACAUUUUAUCUGCAUGUCUCUCUCUAGCUCUACCCAGGAGUAUAAAUGCUGGGAAAGUACUAAACAGAACACCUGAGGAGUGGCGAUCCCCUCAAAGCAUUGCACAGUCUGCCCCCAAAGCUUAAAGAAAGAGGGAUGAGCACUCCGAACCUGUACAGGUUCGACAAUUUUUUCUUCCUCUGGAUUCACCAUUGCAUGUACAAUAAAUAUUAUCUUUUGAUGAUGUUGUGUGAUGUACUGUAGUUUAACAAUACACAUGCUAAGAACCCAUAGUCUGGAAUUAUACAAAAUCUGGAGUUUAUUAUCAAUAUUUUUCUAGUAUACUUGACAAUUAUUUGGAAGAAUUAAAAUGUUUUUACUUUCAAAGAGUUAGGAAUUGUCGUUGAAAUAAAUGUUCAAUAAAGUA